CGGCUCGCGGACGCUGCCAGUCUCGGGCGGCGUUGUCCGGCGCGCGGGAGGCCUGCAGGGCGGGCUGAGGAGAGAACCCCGCGCGCGGGCGAGGCGGAGCGAGUCAGCCAGCGAGCCACCGCGGCGACAGUUCUUCGGAAAACAUUUGGUUAAUGAGAGCACAGGACCACCAGAGGGAGUGUGGGGUCUACAUACAUACUUGAGGAAUGAAUUACUGAUUUACACAAGAGAAGACUCUCAGAAAUACUGUUCAGAGUAAGAGAAGCCAAACAGAGAUGAGUGUGUACUGUGUGAUGCCAUUUAUGAAGAAUACAAGAACAGCCAAAACUAAGGUUUCCUACUUAUAAAAGACAAUGACUACUGAUGAAGGUGCCAAGAACAAUGGAGAAAGCCCAGCAGCCACUGUUGCUGAACAGGGAGAGGAUGUCACCCCCAAAAAAGACAGAGGGGUAUUAAAGAUUGUCAAAAGAGUGGGGAAUAGUGAGGAAAAACCAAUGAUUGGUGACAAAGUUUACGUCCAUUACAAAGGAAAAUUGUCAAAUGGAAAGAAGUUUGAUUCCAGCCACGAUAGAAAUGAACCAUUUGUUUUUAGUCUUGGCAAAGGCCAAGUUAUCAAGGCAUGGGACAUCGGCGUGGCCACCAUGAAGAAAGGAGAGAUCUGCCAUUUGCUCUGCAAACCAGAAUAUGCAUAUGGCUUGGCCGGCAGCCUCCCCAAAAUUCCUGCCAAUGCAACUCUCUUUUUUGAGAUUGAGCUCCUUGAUUUCAAAGGAGAGGAUUUAUUUGAAGAUUCAGGCAUCAUCCGGAGAAUCAAACGGAAAGGAGAGGGAUAUUCCAACCCAAAUGAAGGAGCAACAGUAAACAUCCACCUGGAAGGCUGCUGUGGUGGAAGGAUGUUUGAUUGCAGAGAUGUGGUAUUCAUUGUUGGCGAAGGAGAAGACCACGACAUUCCCAUUGGAAUUGACAAAGCCCUGGAGAAAAUGCAGCGGGAAGAACAAUGUAUUUUAUAUCUUGGACCACGAUAUGGUUUUGGAGAGGCAGGGAAGCCUAAAUUUGGCAUUGAACCUAAUGCUGAGCUUAUAUAUGAAGUUACACUUAAGAGCUUCGAAAAGGCCAAAGAAUCCUGGGAGAUGGACACCAAAGAAAAACUGGAGCAGGCUGCCAUUGUCAAAGAAAAGGGAACUGUGUACUUCAAGGGAGGCAAAUACAUGCAGGCGGUAAUUCAGUACGGGAAGAUAGUAUCCUGGCUAGAGAUGGAGUAUGGUUUAUCAGAGAAGGAGCUGAAAGCGUCGGAAUCAUUUCUGCUUGCUGCUUUUCUGAACCUGGCCAUGUGCUACCUGAAGCUCAGAGAAUACGCCAAAGCUGUGGAGUGCUGCGACAAGGCCCUUGGACUAGACAGUGCCAACGAGAAAGGCUUGUACAGGAGGGGAGAAGCCCAGCUGCUCAUGAACGAGUUCGAGUCAGCCAAGGGUGACUUUGAGAAAGUGUUGGAAAUCAAUCCCCAGAAUAAGGCCGCCAGACUGCAGAUCUCCAAGUGCCAGAAAAAGGCGAAGGAGCACAAUGAGCGGGACCGUAGGAUCUACGCCAACAUGUUCGAGAAGUUUGCGGAGCAGGAUGCAAAGGAAGAGGCCAGUAAAGCAUUGAGCAAGAAGACUUUAGAGGGGGCCACCAGUGAAGAAGGGACAGAAAGUAAAACAAUGGAAGACGGGAAACCUGAAGGCCACCUAUGAUGCCACGCCCAGGAGGGGAGAGACUCCAAGAAACGGCCCCUCCUCCUUGGGCGGUCACCCAACUCAGGACUAAGCAGUGUUUAGUGUAAAGUUUGUUACAGUCUGCGUGAUUCUGGAAACAAACAGCACAACCAGUAGCUUCCCAAAAACACCCACCCUGCUGCUGCCCAGUGGGUUCGCUGAGGGCUAGCAUGGGACCACUCCAGGUGGAACAGAACAGCAAGGGCUGCUGGCGUGGAUCACGCCAGCCCUCAGUCCAGCUCAUUUCAGUUUGUCAGCUUUCGGUGUCCACUGCGGGAUCUCUUCAGAAGAUUCCAACAAUUUGGCGCUGAUAGAUUUUACAUUUGAACUUUAAUAGCCCCGCAGAAACCUUUAAAAAACACUUAAAAGAAUUCUCCUUUCCUAAGGGUGGGUGUGGUGAGGGAAGGAAGGCGAGCUUUUGUUUUUUAAAUGACUGAAGUGCUCUGAACACACCUUGUUGCAUUACCACCGACAGAAGCCGCAGCAGAGGGCUUGGGGAAUCCCUUCAUUUCCACAACAGGGCCACAGACUUGAAAGCCAGAACCUCAGAGGCCGCUUGCUUGCUGAUUGGCAACUUCCCAACCCCUCCUCAGCCAGCCUCCCCUCUGGCCUGUGCCUGGGGCGUCCUGCUGUCAUUCCUAGCACACCCUUGACGGUGGGAAGGUGGGAGUGCGAGGGCAGGAGUUUCUGGAUUAGCUUUCCCGUUUCGGAUGAAAUUUUGAGGUGCUGAAAUGUGAAAAGAGGAGUCAGAAUUGUGCUUUAUCUUCCCUUGCUAUUCCUUUUAGGAAAUAAUGAUAUUGCUGCUAUUCAGCUUGUUUCCAUUCUAAGCCUUGCUAUUAAGAAUUUAAGACUUGUUCUUAUAAUAUCUCUGACCUGAAGUUGAUUUAUUUACAUAUCCAUUUAGGAUCUAUGCAGCUUUUAUGUCCUCUUUUUUUUAAUUAUUGGCUUAUAAACAUGUAUAUUGGUUUAUGGAACUUUACACUCUAUCAUACAAAAAUCAUUUUGACUUUU